CCAUCAAGCAAAUGGCCGGCAUACGGCAGGGCAGCUCGCUGUCGCCGUUGCUGUUUGCCAUCGUGCUUGAUUUCGCCAUCACUAGUUUCGCGGAAGUGAUGAAAGAGGAAAAAAAGUGGACCACAGCACAGGCUCGGGGAUUCGCAAUGAGCCUGCUCGGGUUCGUGGAUGAUCUGGCGAUCAAAACCGGAUCUGAGUCCGAAGCGCAAUUUGCAGUCACCGAGCUGGCAGGGGCCUGCAGGUUUGUGGGCUUGGAGCUGAAUGCGGACAAGGGAAAAACGGAGAUUAUGGUUGUCAACCCAGAGCGCAAAGACAGGCGGGACGAGUUUGCC